AUGGAGAUCGAAGAUCAGCCGGUUGACGGCUGGAAGUUCGACCUGGAAACAAAGGUUUGCCCUUGCCGAUCGUGGAAUAAAUAUGGAGCUUGUGUGCACUCAGUUACCUGUUUGCGGCUAGCCAAACUUCCUAUCCCUGGGGUGCCGGAGCCGAAGCGAGUGUUUUUUCAACAGAAGGAAGCGUGUUGGUGGAAGACCCGCCACAGUAGGACCCGCGUUGUCGCUGGAGUAGCUUCCUAG